AUGAAUUUUUCUGGAAAGCAAUCGUUGGAUAAAUGGAAUGAUAUUAUACGAGAAGUUAGAUUUCUUCGGUCUAUUCAACAUCCUCAAAUAGUUCGAUUCAAGGCUUGUUUUUUGAAGGAACAGACAUGCUGGUUGGUUAUGGAGUACUGUGUAGGCUCUGCUGCAGAUAUUCUCAAAGUUUACAAAAAGCCAUUUUUGCAAGUAGAAAUUGCUGCCAUAUGUCAACAAACAUUGCAAGGGAUUGCUUAUCUACAUGGAAUUAAACGUAUACAUAGAGAUGUAAAAGCUGGAAAUAUUUUAAUGACUGAUUGUGGACAAGUUAAACUUGCAGAUUUGGGAAGUGCAUCUCUUACUUCUCCAGCACAAACCUUUGUUGGGAGUCCUUAUUGGUGA